GUAAUUUCUGCUCCGCGUACAUUCAACCAGUAUGGGUCGCCCGACCACUAUUUUUACUUUUCCCAUGACAGGAAACGCAGCAUUAACUCCGUAAAGCAACGUCAGGGAAGCGGUCGAGCUUCCGCUUCCAAACUCUGUCCAAACAACUAUCCUACCAUGGCAACAAGGCAAAUUUGUGUCCUAUUGGUUGUCCUUUCUUCAACUUUCGCGGAAGAUGUUAAAUUGAAAUAUAAACCAUCCACCAAACCCGUCCGAUUAUUUACUGAGGAGGAGCUGCAGAGAUACGACGGCAGCCAGGAGGGACAGCCUAUUUACAUGGCAGUAAAAGGAGUUGUGUUUGAUGUCACCAAAGGAAAAGAGUUUUAUGGGAAAGAUGCACCGUACAACGCCCUGGUUGGUAAGGACUCCACUCGGGCUGUGGCUAAGAUGUCCCUGGACUCAGCAGACCUGACAUCAGAUACUACGGACCUCACCGAGGAGCAGCUGAAGUCUCUGGACAGUGUGUUUGAAGGCACAUACAAAGUAAAGUAUCCCAUUGUGGGCUACACAGCAUCACGCAUCCUCAAUGAGGAUGGAAGCCCCAACAAAGACUUCAAACCGGAGGACCAGCCUCACUUUCAAAUCAAAGAUGAGUUUUAAUCUCAGCUGACCUUUCAGUAAAAUCUUGUUGUGAAGACAUUUUGUCAUGGA